CCGGGCCUAUCCAUUCCGCGUGGGCACUACCUCCUUUGGCUCGGGAGGAAGCUAGGACCAAGCGCGCCAGGCCGUCGCUCCUGGAGCUCCUGGGCUGGGGGUGCCGGUCGACCCUCCUGCGCAGUCCUUUCCCGAGGACACUUGUUCCGGCGGUAUUUCCUCAAUAUCUCAGAGGUCUGGGCGGCCCCAGGACUGCUGAAUUUGCUGAAGAAUCUUAGAAACGGUGACGUUCUUCACUCAUUUGUCUUCCUCGCGUCCCGUCCUCAAGUCUAGGACCAAACGAGGAAGAGCGUCUGGAGACUCUGCAUGGGGUUUCAAAGGGUGGUGAAGAGCUAAGGUAGAAGAAUACAUGUUGUCUUUUAGUGAACAAGAGCAUGUUCCCAAACUCAAUUUUGGGUCGCCCGCCUUUCACUCCAAACCAUCAACAACAUAAUAACUUCUUUGCCCUGUCACCAAGUCUUUAUUCACACCAGCAGCUUAUAGAUGCACAAUUCAGCUUUCACAAUGCAGACUUGUCUAGAGCUGUGUCAUUACAGCAGUUGACAUACGGAAAUGUCAGUCCAGUACAGACCUCAACUUCCCCAUUAUUUCGAGGAAGGAAGAGAUUAAGCGAUGAAAAGAAUCUUCCUCUUGAUGGUAAACGGCAGCGUUUUCAUUCACCCCACCAAGAGCCAACUAUAGUUAACCACAUAGUGCCUUUAUCAGAUGAAAGAAGAUACUCAAUGUCACCAUUGUUUCAUACACACUAUGUACCAGAUAUAGUCAGAUGUGUUCCACCUUUUCGAGAAAUAUCAAUUUUAGAACCUAGAGAAAUCACACUGCCUGAGGCCAAAGAUAAGUUGAGUCAGCAGAUACUGGAGUUAUUUGAAGCAUGUCAGCAGCAAGUAAGUGAUUUAAAGAAGAAAGAACUCUGUCGAACAGAGCUGCAGAGAGAAAUUCAACUGUUAUUUCCACAAAGCCGACUUUUUUUAGUUGGGUCUUCUUUAAAUGGAUUUGGUACUCGGAGCAGUGAUGGUGACUUAUGUCUAGUUGUUAAAGAGGAACCAUGUUUUUUUCAGGUAAAUCAGAAGACUGAAGCACGGCAUAUACUCACCUUAGUCCACAAACACUUCUGUACUAGACUUUCUGGUUAUAUUGAGAGACCUCAGUUGAUUCGAGCAAAAGUGCCAAUUGUGAAGUUCAGGGAUAAAGUCAGUUGUGUGGAGUUCGACUUGAAUGUAAACAAUAUUGUUGGAAUAAGAAACACAUUCCUUCUCAGAACUUAUGCAUACCUUGAAAAUCGAGUUCGUCCGUUAGUACUGGUGAUUAAGAAGUGGGCCAGUCACCAUGAUAUAAAUGACGCCAGUCGCGGUACUUUAAGCAGCUAUAGUCUUGUACUGAUGGUUUUGCACUAUUUACAAACCUUACCUGAACCCAUCCUUCCAUCCAUCCAAAAAAUUUACCCAGAAUCUUUUAGUCCUUCUAUACAGUUGCACCUUGUACAUCAAGCGCCAUGUAAUGUUCCUCCUUACCUCUCAAAGAAUGAAUCAAACCUUGGGGACCUCCUACUGGGCUUUCUGAAGUAUUAUGCUACAGAAUUUGAUUUUCCAGAAACAAAUGCCAUGUUGGAUCCACGGUUAUAUCCUUAUGGAUUCUCUAAUAAAUGGAGGAAUAGUAGGAUGAGUGUUGCAUUUGGAACGUCCCAAACUAUCGUCUUCCUCCUCCUGGAAUGAUGGAAAAGCUGAACACAACUGAAAAAAAAAAGAUACCAGCUUCCCCCAGACACAUUUUUUUCUUGAAUACAAGCUGAGUAGUUAUAUGUUUUUAAAAUGUUUAAAGGUAUACAAAAUUAUUAUAAAUUAAAAAAACAACAGCGUAAGGUUAGGCCUUAAUAAAGACUGGACAGUCGACCUUCAAGCAUGCUGAUAAAAUUGCUUUGCUUGACUAAAACUUCACUAUAAACAGCUACAUCUGAUACACAGCAAUAACAGUAUGUUUUCAUAGAGUAUUCUUUUUCUAAAAUUUCUACCAUAAAUUGUAUCGGUAGAGGUACACCUGAACAAAAAUUACUUAAUGAUACUAAAAAACAACACAAGAAGAUCACCUCUCUUAAAAAAUAAAAAAUUCUUACUGGGGUUUAACAAGAAACAGUUGUUUGCUUACUUACAGAUUAUUUUUCUUAUUACAUUUAUUAAAAAAAUAUUUAUUGAAUACCUAGUUGAUACUAAGCAACUAAAUGAACAAUAAAAGAACAAAACAAAAAUAAAUAGCUCAGCAUCUUGGAGCUCUCAUCUAGUUAGAGGAGACACAAUAAAUAACAUACA